UAUCUUUGGCUGAGCAGGGGUCCAGGGGUAGGUUUGCAGCAUCGUUCAUCCAAAGGACAGCGAACAAAAUGGUCGUGUUGACUGCGAUGGUCGACUGCACUUGUGGUGAAAGCACUCUGCAAAAGCUUUUGGACGAUAUGAAUGAGUCAAUGUCCCCAGAGAGUGGUCGGCAUGGGAUUUUUCUUUGGGUGGUCGGCUCUUGUAGCGACUGUCAAGCAACGCAGGCUUGGGCCGAGCUGCUCCAGCAGCUGCAACGGUGGUCGUUGCCCAUCUUUGGCGUCGCCAUGGGCAAGUUGAAUGCGGCUGCGGCUGAGCUGGUGACGGCAUGUGACUACAUCUAUUCUGAUGGCAUCGUGAAUGUUGGUGCGGAUCAGGUCUAUCCAUCCAUGCACAUGUUAUCUCUUGCGUGCAGCACAACCAUAGGCUUGCUUGAGAAAAUGGAGACUCCACAGCUCAUCUCUUUGAAGAGGGAGAUGCUGUGGGCCAAGGCCUCAAAGCUUGGCUUGACGCCAGAGAGUGCACAAGUCAUGGAUGGCAAGGAAUCCGUGCAAAAGGCCACUUCCAAACAGUACGACCGCCAGGGAAGCUGGGGACAAUCUUCCUGUUCUACGGAUGUCCCCGAGACUCCGAGGACUACAACAUUGAAUUGUGAAGACUUAGAUUGGCGUGGAGAGCUGAAACUACGCUCCAUGGACUCCAUGGAGAACGAGAAGCGUCUCCGUUUUGCCGCCGACGUUGAGAUCAUUCCCUACUGAUGGUUGAACUGAUGGCACUGUGACCACCAGCACAUCUCCUGAUUUUGACCGGAUACCAAAAUCGGUUGCCGAACUGAAGCUGUGCUUGUACUUCCCCCGAAGGUGAAAUAUUUUUGCUGGGUUGAUCAGUUGAUUGGCGUUUCCCGAAGGUCAUGGAAUGGAGGAAGUACAAGGAAGCAAUUGCGGAGUCACGCGAGGCUGCCUUUUUUUUUGGCUUCGCGUGAAUCACAAGUUCAAUUUCCCUGUACUGCUCCGGCUUGAGGGUUGUAAUAUACCCCAAGGCGGGAAGGAUGCGCUGUGACAAUCUAGCGGUUCUUCUGCAGUUGGGGGGUGCUGAUACUUGUAUGUGCUGAUUCUGGGAACCCCCAUG